AUGGCUUCCAUGAAACAGAAAAAAGCUGAUGAGAAUGUCUUACGGCUAGUUGAAGAGCAAAAGAGGGAGAAGGAGGAAGAUUUGAAAAAGAUACUGGAGUUAGAAAGGCAGUUAGAUGCUAAACAGAAAUUGGAGAUGGAACUUAAAGGAAAACUAGAGCUGAUGAAGCAUCUGGGAAUUGAUGUUGCUGUGGUUCAGCAAAAGUUUAAAGAGAUGAAUGAAGAAUUAAAAGAGAGAAUUGAGGAAAAUUGUUAUUUGGAAACUUUGAAUCAAACUCUUAUUGUCAAAGAGCGCCAAAGUGAUACUAAGCUACAAGACGCUCGUAAAGAAUUGAUUGCGGGCUUGAGUGAGAUGCUGAAGAGUGAUCCAACUAAUAUUGGGAUAAAAAGAAUGGGAGAAAUUGAUCUGAAGGCCUUUCACCAUGCGUGCAAAUUGUGGUUCACUCUUGAAGAAGCUCAAAUCAAGGCCUUAGAAUUGUGUUCCUUAUGGCAGGAGAGACUGAAAAAUCCUGACUGGCAUCCUUUUAAAGUUAUCAUUUCUGGUGAAAAUUAUUGGGAAAUUCUGAAUGAGGAUGAUGAAAUGCUACGAAAUCUCAAGGAGGAAUGGGGUGGUGAAAUAUACGAUGCAGUUACCAUAGCUUUGAAAGAGAUGAACGAAUACAACCCAAGUGGCAGGUAUGUGGUUUCUGAGCUGUGGAAUUUUAAAGAGCAAAGGAAAGCCACCUUAAAGGAAGUUAUUGCUUAUAUUUUGAAGUAUUUGAAGACACUUAAGCGCAAGAGAUCAGGUUUUCCCUAG